AGAAACCAGCAGGGCUUAUUGAUUUAUUAGAUUCUGUUCUUUUUACCCAUCAGCCCACAUGGGACGAUUGCCGGCAGCUUUUGCAGGUCCUGUUCAUGACUGAGAAAAGAGAAAGAAUCCUCAAUAAGGCCUGAAAACUAGUUCUGGGCGCAGACAGGAAUCCCACCACCAACCAGGCUCAGAUAGAUGCCUCCUUCCCCUUAACUUGGCCCGAGUGGGAUUUCAACACAGCAGAAGGACACAGGAAUCAAAACAAGAUGGAGACUUUUCAAAAAGUAGGAUUAAGAUACCUUUCACAUGAAGAUGUUAUAUACUGGAAGAUCUGGGAACCAUUUACAAGUAAAUUAACCAGAGAUCAAGACUUUGUAAUAAAUCUGCAAAGCAAGAAGUCUGAGUUGUCAACACAAGGUAAUUCCUCCUGUCGGGUGUGGGCAGGAGAAUCUCAGGCUAUUGAAGAUGAGAACUGUGUAAUAAAGCUUCAAGGGGAGAGUUCCAAUACUAUCAAAAGUCAAGAGUUUCCAAUUAAGACUACUUGGGAUUUCUGGAAGAAAAUCUACCUGAGAGAGUCACACAAUGAUCAGAAUAGGUGUCAGCAAAUUGAUGUAAAAAAUAAACCAUCUAAGUGUGACCAUUGUGUUAUGAGAAGGAUCUCUCAACAUUACGAUGAUCAGGAAGCACACAACAGUGAGAAGGCUUAUAACCACAAUAGUUGUGGAAAAGAGUUCCUGAGGAAAUCGUUCCAACAUAGUAUAACCCACUCAGGAGAGAAACACCAUGUAUGUAGUGAGUGUGGGGAGGACAUCAGCAACAGUUCAGUGCUUUGCAUUUGUCAGAGCGUUCAUGCAGGGGUGAAAUGAGGUAGGAAUGGUGAGUGUGGUGAGGGCUUCAGUCAGCUCACACCUGCAAAAUCAUCAGGGAAUCAACACAGGAGAGAAGCCCUACAAAUGUCAGGUGUAGGCUAGGGGCUUCAGUCAGAACUCCUGUCUUCCCACCCAUGAGUUCCUUCACCCAGGAGAGAAUCUGUAUAGGUGUGACAUGUGUGGGAAGGGCUCGAGUCAUAGCCCAGAUCUUAACAUUUGCUGUAUCAAUGACCCUGGAGAGAAAUCCUCUAAAUGUGAGAUGUGUGAUAAAGGCUUUAAUCAGGCAUCACAACUUCAAGCCUAUCAGAGCCACCCCCCCUCCCCCCGAGAAAAAAACAUACAAAUGGGAGGCAUGCAACAGCCUAGUUAAUCAGAAUCCUAGUCCUCAUCAGAGACUUAGCACUGGAGAGAAACCAUAUAAGUGUGAGGUAUGUGGGAAGGACUUCAGUAAGGCCUCAAAUCUUCAAGUCCAUCAGAGAAUCCACACUGGAGAGAAGACAUAUAAAUAUGGUAUGUGUGAUAAGAACUUCAGCCUGAAUUCCCACCUUCAGGCCCAUCAGAGAGUUCACACUGGAGAAAGACCAUAUAAGUGUGACACAUGUGGUAAGUACUCCACUCAGAUUUCCCAUCUUCAGGUCCAUCAGAGAGUCCAUACAGGAGAGAAGCCAUACAAAUGUGAGACGUGUGGUAAGGGCUUUUGUCAGAGUUCACAUCUUCAAGCCCAUCGGAGAGUCCAUACAGGGGAGAAACCCUACAAAUGUGAAGAAUGUGGGAAAGGCUUCAUCUGGAACUCCUAUCUUCAUGUUCGUCAGAGGAUCACACAGGAGAGAAACCGUAUAAAUGUGGCAUGUGUGGUAAGACCUCAUAUCUUCAAGCCCAUUGGAGAGCUUGAAGACUUCAAUCAGACCUCACAUCUUCAAGCCCAUUGGAGAGUCCAUACGGGAGAUAAACCCUACAAAUGUUUUGACUGUGGUAAUGACUUUAGUAAAAGUUCACGUCUUCAAGUUCGUUAGAGAGUCCAUAAUGGUGAUAAAUCCAGUGCACGUGAUGAGUGUGAGAAAAGUGUUCUUCAGACUGUAGACUUCUCAUUUUCAUCAGAAAAUCCACACAGCAGAGAAUAUUUAUAAAAUAUUAUAUAUUAAAAAAAAUUUUUUUUCAACGUUUAUUUAUUUUUGGGACAGAGAGAGACAGAGCAUGAAC